GGCUCCUGCAGGCACAGCCGUCAGGCUGGGUACAUGGAAAGUCAGACCAUUUCACAACUCUCGGUAGAUCCGACGCACACAGUUUGGACUACGGCAGAAACAGACGAGCCAGCACAGAGGACAAUGACACCUGGGCAGACGGAUGCAAUGGCCCUGGAGAGAGAAGGAUCAGCAGGAGAGUGGGCAGUGGCUCUCUUUCCAAAGCAGCCUUCCGUUACAUCACCGGCCCUGAAGGGCCUUCAAGACCAAGGUUCUGUUAGUGAAGACACCACAAACCUGGAGGAUACUGAGGACAAUGAGGAGUUCCUGGAGCAGCUUGUGUCUCUGACGUCCCGGGGCUUACCCCAGCUGGAGAUUGAGGAGAAGUACAACAUCAACAAGGAGCUGGGCAGUGGUUCCUAUGGACAUGUCCUGCUGGUCCAGCACCACGAGAAAGGGUCUUCAAUGGCACUGAAGCUGAUGUCCAAGGAAAGGACAGGAAGACGAGAGUUCCUGCGGGAAUAUUGCAUCGCCCUCUGCCUUUCCUCGCACCAUGCCCUUCUGCGAACAACUGGCAUUGCUUUUGAAACAUCAACACAUUAUGCAUUUGCCCAGGAGUUGGCACCAGCUGGAGAUCUCUGUGCCAUCCUGAGCUCAGAGCAGGGCAUCCCUGAGGUGCAACUGAAGAGGUGUGCAUCCCAGUUGGCUGAAGCACUAGAUUUCAUGCACGGCAAAGCCUUGGUGCAUCGGGACAUAAAGCUGGACAAUGUGAUGCUCUUUGACAGUGAGUGUCGGCUGGUGAAGCUAGGCGACUUUGGCCUCACAAGGGUGGAGGGUACUCGAGUAGCUGCCAUGUCUGGCACCCUGCCCUACUCUCCACCUGAACUGUGCCUUCUGGAGGGCAAUGAGACUCUGGCUCUGGACUCCAGCCUGGAUGUCUGGGCCUUUGGAGUGCUGCUGUUCUGCCUCUGCACAGGUUGCUUCCCGUGGGACGUGGCAAUGAGUCCCGACCCUCAGUUUGAGGAAUUUAGCAUCUGGCAGAACCGUACAGUGCCAGGGGAGGCUCCUGGCCUGUGGAAAGGCUUCACCACAAACAUCCUGGGCAUGUUCCACCGUUUGAUGACUAUCGACCCUGAUCGUCGCAGUCCUGCUAUUGAAGUGCACAAAUACUUACAUCUGCCUUGGCGGGUGGACAGCUCUGGAGCAACACAGAGUCCACCAGGGGAUUGUCUCAAGGGGACAGAUUCUGGUGCAUGCCUCACAGGCCCCACAGGGGACAGUACUGACUUGGUCAGUGGCACCCAGGAGAAAUGCCCUGGACUGAUGACUACUGAAAAAACCCAUGCCAUACAAAUGGAUCCCAAUCUUGGAAGCAACCCCAGUCUACAGGAAAGCUCUAGAUUAGCAGAGGCUGGACUCCAGCCCUGAAAAGGGUAUAAGGAGUGAAGACCAGAAUUUUCCCUGACAGACCACAAUGAACUAAACAUUUUGAGUCAGGAAGAAAGAACUUAGCAAUAGUCUGACCAACCAAGAGGGUAGGUUUUAGAAGUAUCAAGCAAUGUAGUGUCAGUGUCACCCCUCCCUCUAGCUGCUGAAAAGGGCAGAGUAGAACUGAGUAGACCUACUCCCUAAAUGAGAGGGUUGGUGCACAGUUGA